AUGCCGCAACAAGGCAGAAACAGGGGCAGAGGCCCCCAGGGUCGAGACGUAUUAGUCUCCAAGGCGCUGAGCACGCUUUUGCGACACGCAGCGGAGAGGGAAGGAUUGAAGAUGGAUUCACAGGGGUACGCCAAUCUGGCGGACGUGCUAGCAUGGAACCGUCUGAAAUCGCUCAAAGCCUCGUUCUCAGAGGUCGUUGACGUCGUCGCAAACAACGAGAAGAAGCGGUUCGCGCUUCUGCACAUCCCCUCGGCCAAGGCCGCCCAAUCGUCCACAGCUACGACUACGACGGAGUCUACCAGCAAUGCAGAGGCCGAACAACAAGAAGAACCUACGUCUAUUACCGACUCGGCCGUCCCCACGACCAGCGCGGGACAAGAAACGGCGACGCAGACGGCGCUAGCGGCGGCGAAGACGGACACCGACCCCACGCAUUUCCUCAUCCGAGCGACGCAGGGCCAUAGCAUGAAGAGCGUGGAAGCCGAGUCGCUUCUGGAGAGACUGACACUGGACGAUGAAUCCAAGCUGCCGACAACGGUGGUGCACGGAACGUUCCACGCGUCGUGGCCGGCAAUUCUGGCGUCGGGCGGUCUGCGGAGUAUGGGACGCAACCAGGUGCAUUUCGCGACGGGGCCCUCUCUGGACUCGGUGCUUGCGCAGGUGGAGUCGGCGAAGACGUCGCCGACGGAAGGCCCCGGGGUGAUUUCGGGAAUGCGCCGCGAUGCGCAGGUCCUGAUCUAUAUUAACUUGAAGAAGGCCCUAGCCGCUGGGUGUCCGUUCUGGCGCAGUGAGAACGGGGUGAUCCUUAGCGAAGGAAUGGCACAGCAGGAUGGGGGUCCCAUGAGCGUGCCCAUGGAAUUCUUCGAUGUGGUUGUGGAGCGCAAGCGCGGUCUGGGGAAGAUCUGGGAACAGGGGCCAGGUGCUUCAGGAACUCCCGGCGGAACUUACGCAGAAGGGACAUCCCCAAGGGCCCGACGGAUGGGAUCGGAAGGAGCGAAACGUCAGUAG